CACCAGAAAAAUCUUGCAAAUUCUAAAAUAAGACGACAUUGUUAAGAAAACAAAACUACAAAAACAAAUUCGUUUUAUGUAUGUGAAUUUUUUCUGCAGGCUCCUUUAAGCUUUUCUUAUUGGAAUCGCUGUUGUUGUUGUUACAGUUUUACGCUUUUUGAGCAAAUGUGUUAAAUCGUACUACAAAUUUGAUGCAUCAAAAUGUUGACUGAUUGCAGUAGCAUUCAAGGCUCCAUCACUAGUUCAUCUAGUGAUGUUAUGACGCUAACUACAGCAUCAUCAUGGUGUGCAAUACCAACGAGUCCAAGAUUACGUGUCUUACGUCUUAUCCGUCCACAUGCUCGCCGUUUACUUGUAGCUCCUGAUACGCAUCCAUCAUAUGGAUUUGCAGUGCGAGGUGGUAAAGAAUUUGGUAUUGGUUUUUUUGUGUCCAAUGUGGAAAGAAAUAGCGAAGCAGAUCUUAAAGGUUUACGUGUUGGUGAUCAAAUAUUGCGUAUAAAUGGAUUUCGCGUUGACGAUGCAGUUCACAAAGAAUUCGUUCAAUUUGUUACCAGUCAGGAUCGUAUCACAUUGAAAGUUCGUGGCAUUGGGAUGUUGCCCACAAAAGACAAGGAAAACGAACGUAUUUCAUGGAAUGUAAUAAAAGGUGCAAGUGUUAGUAAUACACCAUCGGAGAGUUCAUUCAAAUCGGUAUUAGAUCGAGAUAAUCGUAACAAUGAUAUCAAUAUUGUAUUAAACGUAGCACCACGUACUAAGCUAGGUUUGGGUAUAUGUAAAGGACCAGAAUGGAAGCCAGGAAUAUUUGUACAAUUUACAAAGGACAAGAGUGUAGCACGUGAAGCUGGUUUACGUCAAGGUGAUCAGAUACUAAGCGUUAACAGCAUAGAUUUCUCAGAUGUUUUAUUCAGUGAAGCUGUAGCUGUAAUGAAGGGCUCAAAUAAAUUAGAAAUGGUUGUGCGUACUGCAGCUGGUUGUGAUCUUUUUCCUGGUGAAUCUAGCGGCUAUAAUAGUUCAGCAAGCUCAGUAACUGGUGAUCAGAGCCCAUGUUGGGCAGAUGCUAAAUCAAAGCGUUUAACAGCUGUUCGAGAGGAACCAAAUGUAACAGCAUGUUGGAAUGAAAGUCUCUACGCUGAACAUCGUUCACGUGAUUCAACAUUAACAGUCGAGGAGAAAAAGUCGAAAACUAGACAAGUAAACAAAACAAUUAUAAAACUUUCUGAAAAUGGAGCAUCCAUUAAUAAUACAUACGUUGCCAAUACACAAACACGGAGAACGAUACAACAAGAAAAAAAUAAUACAAUAAAUAUGCCACAAUAUCAUCAGACGACAAGUACUGCAGCCAUACCGCCUCCUCCGCCGCCGGUGCAAAUUACUGAGCUUAACAUGAAAAUGUCACAGAAUUUGCAAAACAAUUGCUACGGUACAAUACAAACUGACACAAAAAGCGUACAAGUGGAAGUACAUCGCAAUGGCAUAGUGGAGAAGUGUCAGUCUCAACAAUCCACGAUGCAAAGAUGCAGCAAUAGUAAUGAUACAAUGACACAUACGAAAUACAAACUUACAGCAAAUACAACAAAUACCUUAAAUAAUUGUCGCCCCAGCAACAGUGAUGUUGGCGGCAGUUCCCUUUCCAGUGCCAUCACAGAGGAACUGAAGAAGCGCAAAGAAAAAAAGCGCUUGAACGCCGCAGUAGCAGCCAAUACCAAUACCAAUAACAAUUCCAACUCUAACUCUAACUCCAACUUCAACUUUAACAACAGCAACAGCAAUAACAAUGUAAAUAAUAGUAGUCAAAUUAAUUGCAAUAACAAAACGAAUAUCAGUCACAAUAAUCAGCAACAGCAGUCAAGCACGCUUCGUCAGCAACAAAUAGCAACCAGUCGAAGCACAGCACCAACAGCAAUACCACCACCUCCAACUAACAGCAGCGGCGGCAGUAGCAGCGUAGCUCGUACAAUUAACAGUGCAAAUGUUAAUUGCAUAGAGCAGCAACGAAACAGCACUGCCGCUGGCGGUAACUGCAGCAGCAGCAACAACAACAACAACACGAACAACAAUGUUGGAGAUCACCAUAGCGCUUUAAUGGAUGAGUUUAAACGAGCUCACCAGCGCAUGUUUAAAAAUGGAUUUCAAGAGAGCGAACGCAAGGAACGACAAGAGGCACUCAAACGUACUACAAUUAUGGAAGAUGACGUCAAUCAUCGCUCAAGUCGUAUUUUUAACAGUGAUGUUCGAAGCUCUAAUGAAAAGCUAAUCAAUGGCAGUGAGAAUGGUAUAGCAGGACAGCAAAUCAAUAAUAUACCGCCUCCGCCACCACAGUUUGCUAAUUCACCACCAAAAACGAAUCAAAAUAAUAUUUCAACGCAAAAGUCGUCUAACUUGACUACCUUGAAACAGCCUUCAACAGCUAAUACAACCACAAUGGUAGCACAAGAACCGUUAAAACCACCCACUUCACCGACUCCAGACUACGACAAUGUGCAGUUGCGUAAAACGGUAACGAGACCAAAUGUAUACAGCACCAACGUUGGCAGUCGAGACACACUAAAUAACACUGCAGUUAACUCAACUGGUAAUAGACGCACUAUGCGAUUGGGUACUGUCACUAUAGGCGAGUAUGAGCAGCAACGUAAGGAACCAACUAAGUUUGAGUUUAUAUCUGCACAGAAGCGUAACACUAACACAGAACUUAGCAAUACAGAAAAUUUGCAUGCCGAACUACAGAACACGCUUACAAGAUCCAAUUUAAAGAAACCCAAUGGUCAUGCAAUGGAGCAUAAAAGUGAUUGUCCAUUGCAGAACGGUACGAGCAGUACAGAUAAUUUAAAUAGAAAAAUGCAAGGUGUUAGCAUUGGCAAUAGAACUUCUUCAUUCAAGACGGAAUCAUAUCAACCAGUGAAAAAUAUUCAAAAUAUGAAUGGCAACGUCAUUACCAUAGGAACUGGUAAUGGCAUACUUAAGAAUGGAAAUCGCUUGAGCAGUAAUGGCUUUAACAAAAGCACCGAUAAAUCCAUUACUUUUGGAAAUUCACAAAAAUUUUAGUUUAAAUAUUUUAAAGCCAUAAAUAUAAAAAUUUUU